AGGGAUUCGUUGAAGUAAGAAUACAAUUUUCUGAUUAUAAGUAGAACAAGUUGUUAAAAACGGGAAAUAAAGUGCAGCAAAUUAUUACAUAUUUAGAAAAUCCAAGAAAUUCCAAGCAAUCAAAUAUCAUAAAUCAGCCGUAGUCAACUAUUAAAAAAACCGGCUGACCACUCCCUGUAGAUAAAGAAUACGAAACAAGUUUGAUUACCCUUUUUGUUUUUCGCAGCAAAUUAUAAAGAAAAUGUGGAAAGCAACAGCUGGUCUGCAACUCCAAAACACUCAACCAGACGCUGAUGAUGAUUGGGAGACGGAUCCAGAUUUCGUAAACGAUGUCAGUGAACAAGAACAGCGAUGGGGAUCAAAGACCGUCGAGGGAAGCGGACGUACAGCCGGUGCUAUCGACAUGGAAAAAUUGCGUUUUGAAACCGAAAAAGCUGAUCAAGAUAAGAAGAAGAAAGAAUUAGAAGAGCAAAAUCCAGGUUACGGCUAUGGUGGAAAGUUUGGUGUGCAAAACGAUCGCAUGGAUAAAUCAGCAGUCGGACAUGACUACCGAGCAACAGUUGAGAAACAUGCUUCGCAAAAGGACUACAGCGAGGGUUUUGGUGGCAAAUUUGGCGUUCAGAAAGACCGCGUAGACAAGUCGGCAGCAGGUUGGGAUCAUAUUGAAAAGGUUGAAAAACAUGCCUCUCAGAAAGACUAUGCGACUGGAUUCGGUGGCAAAUUUGGCGUUCAAUCCGACAGGGUAGACAAAUCGGCUGUUGGAUGGGAUCACGUUGAGAAGGUUGAAAAACAUGAAUCACAGAAAGAUUAUUCAAAGGGAUUCGGUGGCAAAUUUGGUAUACAGGAAGAUCGCAAAGACAAAUCCGCCAUGGGUUGGGAUCAUAAAGAGGCACCACAAAAGCAUGAGAGUCAAAUUGAUCACAAAGUGGGUUUUGGUGGAAAAUUUGGUGUCCAAAGAGAUCGCAUGGAUAAAUCAGCUGCUGGUUUUGAUGAUAACGAAAAGCAACAGGUGGGAACCACAUACACUAAGGUAAAACCUAACAUUGAAGGUGCGAAGCCGUCCAAUUUGCGUGCGAAAUUUGAAAAUCUGGCCAAAAACUCUGAAGAAGAAACGCGUAAAAGGGCUGAGGAGCAAAAACGUUUGCGUGAAGAGAAAGAUCGUCGUGAUCGUGAAGAGGCAGCCAAAAAAACUGUUAUUGAAAAUACACCAUUACCGGCAGCUGAAGAAGCACGAGCUCCACCACCAAAAGGCAGUCGUUCGUCGAUUUCGACUGGUCGCGAAGGUGGUAUCAGUAAUGCUAUAAGUGCAUUCAAUCAAAUGCAAUCGCCGACAACAGAGAAUCCUCCAACAGUACGUAAAGAACCCAUAGUCAUACCUAAAGCUCAACCGGUCGAAAUAGUAAACCAAAUAGAAGAGAAACAACAAAGUCAACCAAUUAUGGAGGAUGUUAAGAAAAAUGUCACAAUAACUGCACCACCACCUGAUGUCAUACCAUCUAUUGAAAUAGAGACUGCAAUAACACCACCACAGUUAUCGUCACCAGAAUGUCCAACGCAAGAACCUGUUUACGAGAAUAGAAAAAGCAUCGAACAAAGACAACAGCAGCAGCAUGUACAACAAAAAUCGGUUCAACAACAACAACAAAGUUCGCAACAACAAUCACAAGUAGAAGAGAAAAGAGAAAACGAAGGUGCUGCACUCGACAAUGCAGUGGCCACUUCAGCUGCUCCUACUGCUGUUGCCACCACCGAUGAAGCAAUUUAUUCUAAUUCCGAUAAUUUAGCUGAUUACAUCGAAGAUACAGGCAUUCAUGCGAUUGCAUUGUAUGACUAUCAAGCUGCCGACGACGAUGAAAUAUCCUUCGACCCCGAUGAUACAAUUACUCAUAUCGAAAUGAUCGAUGAAGGCUGGUGGCGUGGUUUGUGCAAAAAUCGAUAUGGGCUGUUUCCAGCAAAUUAUGUGCAAUUGAUAAAUCAAAAAGCAUAAACAAGUUUAUGUUUUCUUCUACAUUUUUAUACCAUAAAACGAUCCGAAAUGAUUGACGAGAUACAUUUUUGCAAAAGAUGGUUUUGCAAUAGGUUAAGUUUUGUUAUAAAACUAAAUUAAAUGCUUCCUUAAAGGCUAAAAUAGUGUAGAGACACUGCAAAUAUGUUAAUAGUAGAUAUGGUUAAAAGUAAUAAUAAUAAUUUUUUAUGAAUCAUCCCUAACCAGUAUUUACCUCAAACACAUUAAAGCAACGAAUCGUUUAAAAGGAAUACACACAUUUUUUAUUCCUAGCUCAUAUUUAAUAAAUUUAAUUUAUUUAACUUUUACUCAACAUUCAAUUUAAUACAAUUUUCCACAAACAGACAAAUAAUUUUGUAAAUUUUUAAUUAAUUACCGGUAAUACAUAAAGGUAUUUUGAAUCAAGAAAAGUUUCCUGAAAUUUAUUAAAAUUUAAGGAGGUUGCAGUAAGCAAACAUUGCCAGUAGCAUUAACUCAGCAGAGCACAAUUUCGGGACAUUAAAUAGCUCAAUUGAUUAUUUAAAGAUUGUUAUACAUUAAUAAAAUGCAUUUUUAUAGACAUUGCAUUUGACAUUCUUCAUAUGUAUGUGUAUGUUUCUGGUUAAAGACUUAAAUGUUACAAGUAGUGUAUUUGUAUGAAAAAUAUAUAACAAAAUUACAAAACAUUCA